GAUACGUAUAGGUAUAAACACAUACUAUAGGCAACUUUUUGAUAUCCCCAACCCCUUGGUUUUCGUCUCUGUUGAUGGUUUGUCACAUUAUACAUAGUCCCUAAGCACAUGGGCGCUCCCCGUGUGUUUCUGGUGCUGAUGCAGACAUACAGACGUAGCAUCUAACCGGAGGUGUUGUAAAGUGAUGAUUUGAACAGUUUCCGGAGACCCGCCACUGCCAUGGCGUCGCGCUCUGACAUCUUGGGUACGGCUCAGCCGAGGCUUGAGUUCUGGCCUGCAGGUGGUGGCAGCCCAUCGGAGGAGCUGGAUGUGAGAAGUUUCCUGGGCUCGUUGAUAGAGGAGAACAGCACAGCAGAGAGAUGUUAUCGCUCCCAUUCUCGUAGCAGUGUGCUGCAGGGCCUGCCCUUUGGAGGAGUCCCCACUGUCCUCGCCAUCAACGUUGUUCUCUGGCUGUUCCUCCUUCUGAUCUUCUCAUGUUUAAGAAAAGCAGCAUGGGACUAUGGCCGCCUGGCUCUGCUUGUGGAAAAUGACAGCUUGACAUCACUAUUCUAUGGAGAACAAAGCGAAAAGGAGAAAACUCCUUCAGAAUCCAGCCCGUCAGAUUCAGAGAGCAAGGACAUGGGCUUCUGUUCCUGGCUCUCAUCUCUGUACCACAUGAAAGAUGAGGAGAUCCGCAGUAAAUGUGGUAUUGAUGCAGUCACUUACCUGUCUUUCCAGCGUCACAUCAUCCUGCUCAUGAUGGUGGUGUGUCUGCUGUCACUCACCAUCAUCCUGCCCAUAAACCUCUCCGGGAACCUCCUCGAAGAUAGCCCUCAGAAUUUCGGCCGGACAACAGUGGUUAACGUCCAGGCACAAAAUGCGUUUCUUUGGUUGCACAGCAUCUUUGCACUGCUGUAUUUUGUGAUCACUGUACUGUUUAUGGCCCACCACUCCUCACGACUUGAGUAUAAAGAGGAUGAAAAGGUGGCCAGAACUUUAAUGAUCACUUCCAUUCCCAGAGAAAUCUCUGAUCCCGGCUUGAUCACCAAGCACUUGCAUGAGGCCUACCCAAGCUGCACUGUCACAGACAUCCGUUUCUGCUUUGACGUACAAAGGUUGAUGAAGCUGGACUUAGAAAGGCGAAAAGCAAUGAAAGGUCGACUGUAUUUCACAACGAAAGCUCAGAAGGAAGGACGAAUCAUGAUAAAGAUGCAUCCAUGUGCACAGAUCUUCUGCUGUGAUGUCUGUGGAUUUGAUCAGGUGGAUGCAGAGCAGUACUAUAGUGAGCUGGAGGAGAAACUGACAGAUGAGUUUAAUGCUGAGAAGAACCGCAUUUCUAUGAAGAGGCUGGGCAUUGCCUUUGUUACCUUCAGAGAUGAGAGAAUGACAGCAGUGAUUGUAAAAGACUACAGCAGAGCUCAUUGCCGACACAAACCCCAGCAGUCCAGCAUCUCAACAGUAGUACGUUCCCAUUAUUGGGGCGUUUCUUAUGCGCCUGCCCCUAGUGACAUAAUCUGGGAAAAUCUGUCAGUAUGCGGUUCUCGCUGGUGGCUUCGCUGCGUCCUGCUCAACAUUGCGCUCUUCCUCUUGCUCUUCUUUCUCACCACACCAGCUAUCAUUGUAAACACCAUGGACAAGUUCAACGUCACUAGGCCUGUUGAAAGCCUAAGGAACCCGGUUAUUACCCAGUUCUUCCCCACCCUGCUGCUGUGGGCCUUUUCAAUUCUUUUGCCCUUCAUAGUGUACUAUUCAUCAUUCUUUGAAAACCACUGGACCAGGUCCAGUGAGAAUCAGGUCACCAUGCAUAAAUGCUUUUUCCUGCUUGUCUUCAUGGUCAUUAUUUUACCAUCACUGGGUCUGUCCAGCUUGGAUUUGUUCUUCAGGUGGCUUUUUGACAUCCACUUCCUGGAUGAACCAGAUGUGAAGUUUCAGUGUGUGUUCUUGCCGGACAAUGGGGCAUUCUUUGUGAACUAUGUGAUUACAUCCAGUCUAAUAGGAACAGGAAUGGAGCUGCUGCGUAUUCCUGCACUGCUGGUGUAUUCGCUUCGCCUCUGUUUUGCCAAAUCUAAAGCUGAGCGCAUCCACGUUAAAAGAAGUCAAGCCUAUGAGUUUCAGUUUGGUCUUGAAUAUGCCUGGACCAUGUGCAUAUUUUCAGUCAGCAUGACCUACAGCAUCACGUGUCCCAUCAUUGUACCUUUUGGAUUGCUCUACCUUGUUCUGAAGCAUAUGGUAGAUCGCUAUAAUAUCUACUAUGCCUAUAUACCCACAAAGCUCAGCCAGAGGGUCCACUCGGCCGCAAUCAGUCAAGUGGUGUUGGCACCUAUUCUUUGCAUGUUCUGGCUGCUAUUCUUCUCUGUGCUCAGACUCGGUCCAAUGCAGCCCAUCACUCUCUUUACUUUCAUAACUCUAAUAUCCUGUAUUGCCUUCUCCUGCUUUGGCAUAUGUCUGAAAAAACUCAGACCUGACAGAUCAACAAGCUAUCAGAUGUCUGAUCAGACAACAGAAGGAGGCUUCAGCAAUGCAGAGAGAACCACCGUUUCCACCACAACCACAGCUAAUCUUUUUAUAGCCUCCGUCCUGCUGGAGCCAGAGCUGGGUCUCACACCCAUGCCCUCCCCGGCCCACCAGAGCUACGGCACCAUGGUGAACAGUCAGAGUUCGGUGCGUGACGCCGAAGGGGGGGAAGAGAAAGAUCUGGAGGAAACUUUGGAGACGGAACUCAAAGAUGAUCCAAAUCCGUGCAGCCCCAGCCCUCUCAUGGACAGCCCUGUGGGUUUCCAGUGACCAACAUCGCCCGGAAAACUCAAGCCCCAUGCCUCCUCUUAGCUAGCGGCUGAUAAAGAGGCACCAUGCUGCAAUUUUGUUUCUCAACAAUCUCCAUUUACAAGUAAAAGACUAAUUAGGGUCAGCCAAGCGACCUGCUUCAAAAGCUGGACGGGGAGUUUACUGAGAUGGUGGUUUUAGGAGGACUUUGAUGAGCUUUUAGAUUUAAUGUGGGACUUUCAGAGAAUUCAAACAUGUACCGCAGCCUUCGUCUGAAGUGGAUAAAAGCAAAGAUCUGUUUAAAAAAGAGACCAGUCCACUUCCUUUGUUUGGACUACGCUUUCUACUUUUUCAAUUUUCUCUUGUAUCUUCCUUUCCUCUGUAAUUAGGUUAAUGGGUGUUAUGGUCGACUGAAGGUUAGAACAUCAUAUUUUGAAAGGUUUUUUGAUGUACUUUUAUAUGCGUACUGCCACAUCCAAUAGCCCCAAAGAGAUGCAGUGGUUCAGAUAUCCAAAUCUAACUUGCUUCUUUUGCUGUUACAGUUUGUGCUUGUUGUCUGUUUAUUCUGUACUUGUAUUUUAGCAGUGCUAUGUAUUGUGUGACAUUUUGCUGAGAGGGCGCUGUUUUAAUCUGUUUACUAUUAUUAGAUUAUUUGCCACCUUCACAUUGUACUCUAAAGUGACUUCACUUGUUAUUGUUUUGUUUUUUUGCAGCGCAUGCUGCUGUCAAUUGGCAAAAUUUCCCAUUGAAUGUUCUGUGGAAAUGUAAAAGACAAAAAGUGAGGAUUUUUGCUAUAAAGUAUAUAUUUGACAGACACAACUUCUUGAAUAAGUGCAAAAAAGCUUAAAUGUGCUUAUCGAGUACAAACAUCCAAUGUUUUGGGUUUAAAAAAAAUUAAGAUCUAUAGACAGAAAGUAAUUUUAACUGACCCCUUAAUAUGUAAAAAAAAAAAAAAUUAUAUUAAUUAAAUAACUUUUUGGUUUAAAUCAUGGUCCCUGCCCCACACACAUAUGACAAUCUGAUUCACCAACCCUCUUCAUCCAUCUUUCAUUUUCAUUUUGCGGUCACGUUAAAAAAGCAUGUUGCGAUGGAGUGAGCAAAAUUGAUUUUUAUAAGAAAAUAUUUUAACUACCUUAUACUGUAAGUAUGAGAUUUAACAAAAAAUUAGAGAAAAAUUUUAUGCAUCUUUAUUUAAAGCUGCAGUCCAUAACUUUGGCCUCUAUAAUGCCAUCUCUGAUUAAAAUAUAAAAUUGCAGUUAGAAGUACAUCCGAAAACGACUGAUCUAAACCCAUAUUAGUUAUCUAUUUUCACCCAUCCACCUGGCGGAUGUGCCGCCAAGCCUGUGGGAAACACUGAAGUGAAGUAAUAUACUGUACCUGCCGCGUUUGUUCGGUCUAAAUGAUAAAAGUGUUUCAACAGAUGGUACUGGUAAAUUGCAGUUAACAGGUCAUGCGUGAAGAGAACCUUUCUGGUAGAUCAGUGCUGCCAAUUUACCAGUAAGAGUACUAGUAAUUUACCGGUAAGCCCUAUGUGUGAUCAAAAAAUAUAGAUUACUGGCAUUUAGAACGGAUGACAUCAGACCGCGCUGUCAGCUUCAGGCCAAUCAUAACGUUCUGAUACAGAUGACACGUUUACCCCCGCACUGUUCCACAAACACGCUGCUUAAAUGCCGAACACACCUGAAGUUAACGUUAACAUUUCUUCACCAAAAGAGCUUACCAUCUAUUUGUCGAAUUGUCGAGGUCCUUAGCACACCCUCUGUGAAGCUUAAUGUGCAAACAGUACUGUUGUUUAAAGCCCUAUUCGGACGGGAUUCGUUUUACGGGGGUAGAUGGCGUAAUGUAAUUUUACCACAGGACGUCUGUAAUAUUGAUGGUCAAUUCGGACGGGAUUAGAAAUAUCAGUAAAACAUUCAGAAGUGGGAGGGGUAACUCGAUUGCGCAGCGCAUUACCUCUCGUCGUCGCGUGCACAUUACCUUGCUUCCUGAUAUCACAUGUGCAAACAACAUGACACAGAUGAGGAAAACGCGAAACACUGUGUUUAAUUUCAGUUUGGGGAGAACGUCAGUUUCAGAAACAUUUCCGUGCCUCUGAGAAGUAAAUGUGACUUAUUUUAAAAAGUUUGUGUCGUGUUAUUCAAGAACUGACUUGCCACUGACUUGUUUUUCUGCCUAGAACGCAAGUAAAUGCUUCUUUAACUCUUUCCCCGCCAGCGUUUUUAAAAAAAGUUAAAAAAAAUGUUCUUCUUUAAAUAUAUAAACAAACAAUAUAUCAGAUGAAAGAACAGACCCUCUGCUUUCAAACAAAAAAAAAACGUUUCAUCCUACCUUCAUUACAAAAACCUUUUCUUCAAAAA